AUGGAUUCAAACAUUAUGACUCUUAUUGAACAAUCAAAUAAAUACAAUAAUUCUAAGACAAACUUUUUUAAAACAAAGUUGUUUGUAAGCAACAAUCAUUCUCCAAAUAGAGAAUAUUCAAAACAUGUGGCAUAAACAGAAACUGUUUAAUAUAAUCGAUAUUAAUCAAAAGAAGUGAGUUCAGGAAGAAAUUCAAAAAAGAUAUCUUUUAACACCUAUUUGUUAAACUUAGCAAAAUAGAAUAUUGAUUAGUUUCCAAAAGUUAAAUGUGAUUUUGCAAAUAUUUAAAUGGUCGAUCUCCAAGUAUUAAUGAAAUACUAUAUAGGAUAAUAGGUUUAGGUUGUUUCCAAAAGAAUUAUAUUAAAUGAAAAAAGUCUAAAUUAUCAAUCUAAAUUCAAAUUUCAUAAAAGUGUUACCUGAUGAUUUAUUUGAUAACUUUCCC